UUUCCCUCGGGUGUACGAGCAAACCUACUUUUCGUAAUUCAGCCUUCUGUGGCGCUUUCUGUGGCCCCCAUGACUUUCUGGAAGCCGGGAAGCGAGCGGCCCGGCGGGCCCCCCGAAACCCCCAUUGACAGGGAGGACGACGAUGCGCCACUCCUGUUCCCUCCCAGCGCCCAGCGGAGCUUCGCCGAGCAGCGGGCGCGCCUGCCAAUUGCUGCUUCCCGUGAUGCACUGCUUUAUCUGAUAGAGCGGCAUGCGGUGACGGUGGUCACGGCUGCGACUGGGUCAGGAAAGAGCACGCAGAUUCCGCAGUACUUGCUGGAGGCGGGGUUUGCGAAUGAAGACUACCAGAUUGCGUGUACGCAGCCCCGGAGGGUGGCGGUGCAGACCGUGGCGGCGCGGGUGGCGGAGGAGCGGGGCACGCAGCUGGGGCAACAGGUGGGCUACCGCGUGCGGUUUGAGGACGUAACCACCCCCGGUGUGACGCGCCUGGUGUACAUGACGGACGGCGUGCUGGUGCGCGAGCUGAUGUCAGACCCGCUCCUGAGCCGCUACUCCGUCAUUGUGCUGGACGAGACACAUGAGCGCAGCGUGGCCACCGACAUGCUUUUGGGCCUGCUCAAAAAGGUGCAACGUCAGCGCCCCCACCUUCGCCUCGUGCUCUCCUCCGCCACUCUUCAGGCGCGCGCUCUCGCCAACUUCUUCCAGCCCCCCCCCCGCCACACACAGCCUCCGGGCGCCCCCCUUCGGGAGCCAGCAUUAGUGUCGGUAGAGGGCCAAUUGCACCCUGUGCGCGUGCAUUACCUGGAGGAGCCGUGCCGGGACUACCUCGAGAAAGCGGUGGCCACCGCACUGGAGAUCCAUGCCACGCAGCGGCCGGGGGACAUUCUCGUCUUUCUCACAGGGCAGGAGGAGGUCGACACCGCCGUGCAGCUGCUUCAGGAGGAGGCCGCGGCGCGCCCCGGCGCACAGGGCCUCGGGCUGUUGGCACUGCCGCUGUAUGCGAGCUUGUCUCCGGCAGACCAGCAGCGGGUGUUUGAGAGCGCUCCUCGGGGCAAGCGGAAAGUUAUCGUAACGACAAACGUGGCCGAAACCAGCGUGACGGUGGAGGGCGUGGUGUACGUGGUCGACGCUGGCUUCACCAAGCAGCGCUUCUACAACCCGGUCACGGCCGUCGACGCUCUCCUCGUGGUGCCCAUCUCCCGGGCGUCCGCCGUCCAGCGAGCGGGGCGCGCGGGCAGGGUGCGACCGGGGCAGGCCUUUCGGCUGUAUACCGAGGACGCCUUCCGCUCAUCGCUCCCCCCCCACCCCGUCCCCGAGCUGCAGCGCAGCGACCUGACCCCCCUCGUGCUGCAGCUCAAGGCGCUCGGGAUCGACAACCUGAUGCGAUUCGACUUCCCGGCGCCGCCCCCGCCCGAGGCCCUCCUGCGCAGCUUGGAGGUGCUGUACGCGCUAGGUUUCCUGGACAGCGACGCGAGGCUGACGCACCCCGCGGGCAAGCAGGCCGCGGAGCUGCCGCUGGCCCCCUUGGUGAGCAAGCUGGUGCUGGCGGGCGCGGAGGCCGGCUGCUCGGAGGAGGCCAUCACUGUGGCCGCCAUGAUGCAAGUGCAGUUCGUGUGGGUGUCGUCACGGGGCCGCCAGAAGGAAGUGGACGAGGCGCGCAGCCACUUUGCAGUCGCGGAGGGGGACCAUCUCACCUACCUCAACAUCUUCCAGGCAAGCCCCCAGCCAAGCUCCCUUCGUGCAUGCCAAGUGUUUUCUGAAGCUUUCAAGAGUGAUACUCACUUUUGGGGCACGCCUUUGUGCACGCCUUUGCGUUCCAGCAGUCGCGCCGCUCCUCCCAGUGGUGCGCCGCGCGCAGCCUCAACUACCGCGCACUGCGCCACGCCGCCUCCGUGCGCGAGCAGCUCCGCUCCGCCGCACGCCGCCUGGGGAUCCCCCUCGAGUCCGCCGACCGCGACCCACAACCCCUUUUGCGCGCGAUCACUGCCGCCUUCUUUCCCAAUGCAGCGCAGCUGUCCCCAGGAGGGGACGGCAGCACGUACCGCACGUUGCACACGGGCCAGCUCGUCAAGAUCCAUCCGGGGAGCGCGCUGUUCCGCGCGGCCCCCCCCUGGGUUGUUUUCGGAACGCUGGUGCAAAGCGAGGACCGGCUGUAUAUGCAGGACGUAG